AUGGAGCUGAAGGCCCUCGAGCAAUUGACUCGGGAGAGAUGCUCCUCCGCCCCGAAACUGCUCAAAUAUAAGCAAGACAGACAGGAUCGUGAUAUGUCGGUGCCUGGUGGAUAUAUUGUGUAUAUCCUGAUGGAUCGGCUGCCCGGAGUCCGAUUGAACGACUUUUGGGCCAGAGAUGCAACCGAGCGUCAGGAAAUCCGAGACGCUUUCAAGGUUGCGUACGAUUACAUUAUUGACUUUAAAUGGUCACGGAAGCCCAAAGUGCACGACCAAUGGAGAAACUCUAUUUGGCUGGCGUGGAACUUGGCGCAGUCGGGUGCUGUUGAUCGAGAGAAUAUAUCUCUCUGGAAGCUUUGA